AUUUUAUUUUUUUUGGCAAAAAGGCAAAAAGACAAAAAGGAUUUCAUGAUCAACAUAAGAGAAUAUACCCAAAGAUUCAAAAAGAAUUUCACUCUACACGAGGUUUCCGGAAGUCUCGGUGACCUAGGCACGCUUUUGCCGAUUAUGAUUUCAUUAGCUGUAGCAGGUCAAAUUGAUUUAACAAGUACUCUAUGGUUUACUGGAAUAUGGAACAUCGCAUCCGGUUUACUCUUUCAGGUUCCUGUCUGCGUCCAACCGAUGAAAGCCAUUGCAGCUGUGGUAUUAACAAGAAACAUGUCAAUUAGAGAAAACAUGGCAGCUGGCCUAAGCGUUGCUGCUUUUAUCUUUUUCUUUGGCAUCACUCGCACGAUCCACUUGGUUGGUUCAUUUACGCCGACAGCCGUUAUAAAAGGACUGCAACUGGGUACGGCUGUUCAAUUGAUCAUCAAAGCGCAUAAUCUCGCAGCAAAGCUUCAAUGGAAGAUCACGGCUAGUAACUGGGCAGACAAUAACACCUGGGUACUACUUUCGUUUAUGUUUGUCGUCCUAUGUUAUCGCACUCGAGUUCCUUCUGCUCUAAUCCUCUUUUUGAUCGGAUUGCUGUUUGCGCUUAUUCUGAUGUUUGUAGAAAAUGCACAAGUGCCGCAUCCAUCUGUGAUGGGUGGUCAUUAUCCCGAUAUGGUCAUUGUUCCUUCACCUACCGAGUUCAAAGAUGGCUUUCUGAAUGCUGGUCUGGGUCAAUUACCCUUGACUGCAUUAAACUCGGUCAUUGCCCUGUGUGCACUUAUUCAUGACCUAUUUCCUGAUAACCAAACAUCGACAUCCGGUGUGGCUAUGAGUGUAGGAUUGAUGAAUCUGAUUGGGUGUUGGUUUGGUGCUAUGCCUGUCUGCCAUGGGUCGGGUGGGCUAGCCGGUCAGUACCGUUUUGGAGCAAGAUCUGAGGUUUCUGUCAUCCUGCUUGGACUAUGUAAGUUGAUUCUUGGUAUCCUCUUUGGUAGCUCUGUUGUUGGCUUGCUACAACUAUUUCCAAAUUCUAUAUUAGCAGUCAUGAUGUUUAUCUCGGGUGUCGAAUUAGGAUGCUCAGCAAGAAGUAUUAAUGAUCAUGAAACAGAUGAUACUCGUAAGCGAGAAAACUUCACUCUCAUGCUCUUGACUGCAGGUGCACUUGUCGCUUAUUCAAAUGAUGGUAUUGGAUUCGCCACUGGUCUUGUAUCUGCCGUUUUACUCUCUGUACAGCGUCUGGGCGUACGUGAGUGGUGGCAUCAGUUGAGUAAAGGGAUUCGGUCGAUUCCUCAACGGUGGAUAAGCCAAAGGGACUGUUCGGAGGAAAGAACUGACACAUUACCUGAAUCACAAGAAGAGCGGGUUUCUGUUGUGGUAAAAAAGUCACCUGAAUAUGGAUCUCAACAAAAUCCGGUCUAAUCCUUCAUAAAUGCCUUCUGUAAGAUUGCUGUGCAAUUGUAAAAUAAAAUACGGAAAAGCAUUUAUAUAUAAAUAUAUAUACAUAUAUACAUCGCAGUAAUAAAUGUGUAUUUAGUAUCUUCCUGACUUCUCUAAUGAAGAACUCAUGUCGACGUCUGUUCUUUUCUUUAACCUAAACGGAUAGAAGCUUUGACAAUAUUCGCCGUUCUUCUCCGCUGUUCGUGCUACUUCGCUAAAAAGUUUGCAAACUUGUAGAGCUUCUGACUGCUCAACACAAAGGCUGAAUUACUUGAUCAUUCUUGUUUGUAUUCAAGAAAAAGAAGACUUGGUCGAGACAGAUUGCAGUCAGGACGACAAACCCAUGCCACAGGGCUCACCACGCGAUUUACACCUCUUUUUUACAUUAUAACGUGUGUAGCAAUUAAAGUACAGUUACAUGCAACCUAUAUUAUUAAUUAUUGUUUUGGCUAUUGUUUAU